CCAUUCCGAUAUCGAUAGAAAACGCGAGGUGGUGUGAAAGGGCUAUCAACAAAUCCUAGUUUUUUGUUUAUGUUGGGACGUUGUCGGAAAAUUCGGCUGGCUGUUUUCCCGUUUCCCGUCUCCCUCUGCCAUGAAAAGCUGCUAAAAAGGCUAAAUAUAAAAAUCAGCGCAGCGCGGCCAGACCAACAGUCCGCUCUUCGCUCGGUGCAUUGUUUUUCUAGUCGAUAGAAAAUAUGUGAGUCGAGACAGGAACGCAGCAGAAACGCAUCUCGUGUCUGUGUGUAUAUGUAUAUGUACAACGGUGCGCCUGUGUUUUCAUUUGUGUGAGUGCCUGGUACAUGGGAAAAUCAUUAUUAUAAAUGAAAACUGGUGAAAUGUACGACAACCAACUCCCACUUGUACAUGUGCGGGGUGCGCAGUGAAGAAGGGUGUUUACCUCUGUCCGAUUUCCUGUGUGUAUGAGUGCAUGUGUGUGUGUGCGUGCCAGAUAAAGACUUGAAUUUCUGUUGGUUUUUUCCGUCCGUCGGAGGAUAUUAGUGUCGGACGGGAGGAGCCGCAAAUGCGUAAUAUGCUUGCAUAUCCAUUAAUUGCGCAAAAGGUCAAAAGUUAGGCACAACGAAAUGUGGUAGGGACUAUUUGGUCGGUGGGACGGACGGGGCCAGAGACAAAGAGGACGACGAAUUCUGCUGGGUGAAUUCGCCGUGCGGCGAAUUCGGGUGGAAACGACCCCACACACACAAAAGCAGAAAAGGAGCAAAGGACAUCACCGAACUAAAUAGAACUGAAGACUGUCGACGGCCCACAAAUUGAUAAUUAUGUCAGCGGCGGAACUUGAGGCGGAAGCUGCCGCCCAGGAACAGCAGCCCGAGCAGCACAGCAGCAGCGAACCCCACAGCGAACAAACGAACACUGCCAGCGAGGAGACUUUAAGCACAGCCACAAACAACUACAACAACAAUGUGGACAUUGACCAGCAGCUGCAGCAACACGCCCAGAUGCAACAGCAGCAACAGGAGGGGGACAACGGCCUGGCCGGGCUGGGCCUAAGCCUGAUGCAGAACUCGCCACCGCCGCACAGCUAUCGCCAUUCACGAGCCUAUCGCCACUUCAAGAACCCGCCGCAGCCGCACAUGUGCAUCCGCACCACCACGGAGACGGGCGAGGAGCUGUUCAUCAACGUCCUUAGCUGGACGCGCAUUGUGAUACCGCAGGAGCCCAGUGAUCCCAUACCCCUAUACGGAGGCAUGCGCGUGCCGCCUGGCAGCCCGCGUAGUCCACCCAUUGUCUUUGCGGUGAUGGCCAAUCCAGAGGUCCUCAAGGACUCUGGGCGCCACAGCAAAGAUCCAGAGGAGCGACGCGCAAUGGUUGAGCUAAUGUGCGACUUCGUGGAGGCUAUGAAUCCCGGCGUGAAACUAGUCAGAAAUGCCGUCAUACUCAAAGAUCGGGACAUUUCCGGCGAGCUGAAAGAUGUCUGGAAUGCCGUACAGGCCCAGCGGGACCGCGAGCGUGAGGAGCAAAUGCUGCAGCAGCGACAGCAGCAGCACUACCAGAACAUCACCACACAGCAAAUGUUUCCCAAAUCGCCGGAUGCGGCACGAGCUGCCAGUGCCGGCGCCGGGUUGAACGAGGCCAGCUCUCCACCGGCUCACAUUGGAGAGCCGCUGAUGGCAGAGCAUGGUAAUGCCAAUGGCAUCACAUUGGCAGUGUUUGCCCAGCAGCUGGACAACAAGGUGGCCAGCGAGCAGACAGAACAGCAGCAGCAGCAGCACGUGGAGUCGCUGGCAACCAUUGAGGAUGCCUGUGUGGAUCAGACGGACGCUGGAGGCAGUGGCUCAGUUGCUAAUACGAAUGGUUCAACGACUGCCAUGGACAGUCAGCAAGCGGCGGAAGCCGAGCCAGAGGUUAAGAUGUCCGCACACGUGGCCACCAAUGGAGCCGGCACUCCCACAACAAGCUCUUCAACGCUCACGCCAGCUGCCACGCCACCAGUUGUAGCCGCAGCUGCACCCACACCCACACCUGUAGCAGCUGCUCCAGCGAAGAAGGAAAAACUUGGAGGCUUCCUGCCCAACGGCUGCAUCUUCCCGCGCUUCAAGAACAACAAGCACAAGGACAAGGACAGCAGUCACAAGGAGGGCAAGAGCAAAGAGAAGACCCUUCUGAAUGCCCUCAAGAAGAGCAAGGAGAAGAAGGUCGCCCCCAGCGAGCAGGCGGCUGGCGAGAAGGCGGCCGCCUCAUCGGACAAUGGCACCACGCAGUACGAGAAGAACUGCAUCAACAAUCUGGAGUGUGAGGUGCAGAAGCUGGAUCUGAACGGCAGCAACAACGACACCAAUAUGUUCAUUAAGCUAAAAGUGUCCUCGGCCAGUGCCACAGCGGCUGCCGCGGCCAAGUAGGCGGAGGAGGGGUAAAGAUGCUGAUUUAUACUCGAACAUUUUGUAGGUAAGUUGGAGUGGGGAAAAGGAGGGAUACCCAAGCCCAGGCACUCAGAAGCGUAGUGGAUAGUGGUGGCUCCACACCGUAGGGAUCACCCUCUGGAGGGAGAGAAGACAGAGAGAUCGAGAUUCAGGGUCUGUAGGAGUCACUGUUGUAGCACGUAGGGUUAGAGUCGUGUAGCAUAUACAAGAUUUAUAUAUACAGAAUACGUUUAUAUAUAUACAACACACAUAUACACAAGUUGAAUCGGUCAAUUUUUGGAUACAAAUCCAGCCGCAGACUCGAAAAGAACCAGAACAGAACUACUCGUAGAACAGUUGUGCCAUGCUCCCCAUGCUCCCUAUGCUCCCGAUGCUCCCCAUGCUCAUAGACAUACAAAUAUAGACGAUGACAUUCACUCGCAGAAUCUUCCCAGAAUCGGCAUUUAACUGAGAAAUGAUAAACGUAUUUAUAUAGUUCAAUAUACAGAUGUUUGCCUUAUAUACAAUAUGUCCCCAAAAAGAGAGAGACAGAGAGAGAUAGAGAGAGAGAGCUAGAGAGCGACAAGAACCUAAAACCACACAACAAAUACAACAUCAAGAAAAAAGAAUCAAUGUAUUUAAGCACACAUUUAGGGACUGCAUUGAUGCCAUGGCAAUCGUCAAAUGUAACUCAUACGCCAAAUGAAUAUCAAUCGCACUCACUCCACCACCACCAACCCAAACACAUCUUAGACUAAAAGGUAUAUCUAUGCUAAUCUAAACCCAUUCCUCCAUUUGUCAAAUCCAAUCUUGGAAUUCCCAAUGUGCAUCCAUCUUGUGAAAGUAUUACAAAUCUUCUUUGAUCUCCGCGCUUUGAAGUUGAGGGGGGAGUACGACCUGCGAUCGACGACCUACGACCCACGACCUCGACCUACGACCUACGACCUGUGGAGGCUUGCCCGCCGCUGCUGCUACGGCUGCUCCUGCGGCUCAAUGAGAAACAACUAACUUAUGUACCUUAAUUGUAUACCCGAACACAGAAGAAGUAUAGUAUACCAAUCCGCAGAGUCGCUAAUAUGUCUUACAUAACUUUUGUUAAAGUUUAACUUUUAACUUCUUGGUACUACUUGUAUGACCUUCUUUUAUAAUUUGUUUAAGUUUUGUGCAUGCUGCUGCUGUCGUUUAACUUUUUAGCUGUAUUUUAAUUGUUUGUUUUUCUAACCCAUCACAAAAAAAAGAACAAAAAAAAGAAACACCCAAUCCCUCAACUUCAAAGGAAGCCAGCCAUUCAUGCAUUCACCCCAUCAUCACAUCUGAAAUA